UUGUUGAUGUCUGGCGUGCAGGGAACUAGGUCAUAGAGCAUGUUGCACCUGUCACACUCAGGAGUCUGGUAUAGAAGUCCUAACAUGCAAGAUAGUUCAUAAGAAGACAACUAUAAGAGCGGCCAUGCUACGGAGAAGCAGGAACAGCCGAGCUCCGCACUACGUGUGGAGUGACAUCCGACGAGACAUUGACGCCGUGGUACUGGGGAAUGACAGAGAAGAGUGGGGCAACGAACACACACAGAUCAGCGACUCGGACUCAGAAGUGGAUUACCUGGCCGUCACCCCGGAGGUGACAGACGUUGUGCCCGACACGGUGCCUGUGACAGGGGAGUCCUACUGUCACUGUGACGCCCAGGAGGAAACAAGCCCUGGGGCUCUGCUGCAGGGCUUCCAGCCCCUCAAUGACUGCCUGUGUGGAGAGGAGGACCAGGGUUUCGACUGGGUGUGGGACGAGGGCGUCAAGUCCAAUGCAGCGCUCCUGAGCUGUGACAACCGCAAGGUGAGCUUCCACGCUGAGUACAGCUGUGGCACAGCCGCCAUCCGCGGCACCAAGGAGCUGACAGAUGGACAGUACUUCUGGGAGAUCAAGAUGACGUCACCCGUCUAUGGCACAGACAUGAUGGUGGGCAUCGGGACCGCUGAGGUCAACCUGGACAAGUUCCAACACAGUUUUUGCAGUAUGCUGGGGAUGGACGAGGACAGCUGGGGACUUUCCUACACAGGUAUGCUUCAGCACAAAGGGGACAAGGUGAAUUUCUCGUCCCGUUUUGGCCAAGGCUCCAUCAUAGGGCUGCACCUUGACACGUGGCAUGGAACCCUUACCUUCUAUAAGAACCGCCGCUGUAUAGGUGUGGCCGCCACCAGGCUGCAGAAUAAGAAGUUCUACCCUGUGGUGUGCUCCACUGCAGCCAAGAGCAGUAUGAAGGUGAUCCGGUCCUGCUACACGCCCACCUCCCUGCAGUACCUCUCUUGCUCUCGCUUGCGCCAGCAGCGGCCCGACUGCCCUGACAUCCUGAACGUGCUGCCCCUGCCCCCGAGCCUGCGCCACCUCCUCCACAAUCAGCUUGGCUGGGUGUUCACCCUCAGUAACGGCGCCCCCGAGCAGUCUGAGGACUUGAUGGAGGACUUGAAUGAAGACUUCUUUGAUGACUUUGCAGUGGAGUUGCCUGAUGACUUGCCUGAGGAGUCUAGUCCAUGCCCGAGCCCCUGUCUCAGCCAGGUGCCCACCCUAAGUGCCUGCUCCUUCCCUAGCCCUGUACCCAACCAUGCCAAUGCCCCUGCCUCCUCUCGUCCAGUUCCCAGCCCUGCCUCUCCCUGUGCCCCUGCCUCCUCUCGUCCAGUUCCCAGCCCUGCCUCUCCCUGUGCCCCUGCCUCCUCUCGUCCAGUUCCCAGCCCUGCCUCUCCCUGUGCCCCUGCCUCCUCUCGUCCAGUUCCCAGCCCUGCCUCUCCCUGUGCCCCUGCCUCUCCCUGUGCCCCUGCCUCUCCCUGUGCCCCUGCCUCCUCUCGUCCAGUUCCCAGCCCUGCAUCUCCCUGUGCCCCUGCCUCCUCUCGUCCAGUUCCCAGCCCUGCCUCUCCCUGUGCCCCUGCCUGCCCACCCUUCCAGGGAGCAACUCAGACAGUGAGGACAUGACUUUUCUUUUCAAAUAUCCACUCAGAAAUGUUAGAUAAAGUUGGCACUUUAUCUCUUCUGAACCUUUCUAUAAAUGCCAUUACCAUCUACUUGUGGAAAAGUCCACAAGAGUGGAAGAGUUUUAUCUUAGCUCAGAUUUCUAAGCACUUUAAGACUUUCUGAGUGGAAUGCUCGCUCACCCUCGAGACUGUCCUUCCAAACUCUCCCCAGUUUGCCUGGCUGAAGGGAAGGGGAAGACAGCCACCCCGGAUAUCCACUACCCCGGUCAAGUCAGAUGACUUAGUUCUAAAUCUAAUGUUAUCUACUGUAUGUACACUCCCUAUACUGAAUGAUUGGAUCCCUUGAUAAAGAUGAGCAAAAAAGACACUAUAAAAUAUAAUACAAAUACUGUGCUAUAUUGUAUGCUACACUUAUUUUUUACUAAUACUUUUGCUCAGAGAAAGAUUAUAUUUAACAAGUAAUAAAAAAACUCUAAUAGAUAGCAGUCAAAAUGAUUGGAUCCUGUUUUCCAUGCUGAAUCUUUCCAAGAUCCUUGAUAUCCUCCGUCUGCGCUUAUGCACUGCUCUCUUCAACUCAAAGCACAGGUUUUCAAUGAGGUUCAAUUCCGGAGACUGAGACGGCCAUUGAAAAAUGCGUGCUUGGGCUUAUUGUCUUGCCGGAAGAUCCACUUGCAGCCAAGUUUCAGCCUCCUGACAGAGGGAACCAGUUUUUUGGAGGGGCUAAAAUGUCCUGGUACUUGAUAAAGUUCAUGAUGCUGUUGACCUUAACAAGGACUCCAGGACCAGUGGAUGCAAAAUAGCUCCAUAACAAAGAUCCACCACCAUAUUUUACAGUAGGGAUGAGGUAUUUUCUGCAUAUGCAUUGUUCUUUUGAAAGUCAAACCCACCGUGGUUGUGCGUGGCCAAAGACCUCUAUUUUUGUGUCAGGUGACCAUUAUAGCACUGGGUCCAAUCCAAGUGCCAAUGCCAUUUAGCUGAAUCCAGGAGGUGCUAUGGUCAGAUGAUAUGAAAAUAGGUAUUUGGCCCACACACACACACACCAAUGGUGGGUUUGGCCUUCGAAAGAACAAUGCCGACAUACAAUUAACAUUAUCUAAGUGUUUUAUACUGCACAUUGGUGGCCAUGUUCUCUAAUAGCGCUUUGCUCUCCAUGUUUUUCUGAUAUUUUGCAGUUUAUCUGACUCGUGCUUUACUUAUAGUAGCUUAUAGUCACCAAGUAAGAUGUUUUUCUUUUCUUGCCAAUUUGUAUAACCUUUCAUGCUGAACGCAAAUGAAUAGUAAAAAAAUUAAUGUAAAACAAA